CAGUCGUAAAAGCUCUCCACCGAGUCAAAACAUUUCGCAGACCUUGGCACUCAGCGUUGUUUUAUCCAUAUAGUGUUUUUUUUCGCUUGAUUAAUUCAGCAGUGCAGUUUUCAGAGGGAAAAGCUCCGGAAAAGUUUUUUGGCUGCGUGGGUGUUGUUCCGCAUUCUCCACCUUUUCGCGACGUCCACAAGUCAAGUCCAAUUGCAUGACGAAACAGCCGCGGAACAGUUGCGUUGCUCUUUGAUUAGCUGAAAGCGGGAAAAAUCCAUAAAUUGAUUGCGGGGCGAAACUCGAGGAAAACUCGGAAAAACUCCAAUAAAAUGUUGCUGCCGUCGGUGAGCGGUUCGUCCGCCGUGGGAUGCAAGUGGAAAAACUGCUGUCGCCGAAGCUGGGAAAUGAUGAUGGCGCCCGUAUCGCCCAAGAAUCUCAGGACCACGGCACUCCUUACGAGUAUCUAUCAGUUGUUAAUUUCGCACUGCGCUCUGUUCCUGGUUCUUUUGGGACUGGCUCAUGCCGAACAGAUGUGCGAGGUCCUGGAGCUGGACAUCCUGGACCAGAAGGACAAUGGUUUCUACAACAUGUCGCCCUUCCACAAUGAUCUUCGCCUGCAAACGGCCGCCCAAUUGGCCGCAGCCACGGAAAACCUACUCUAUGUGAUGGCCGGAGUGGCGGGAACCUAUGCCCUGAGUGCCAUAUCCCUGUUCUUUGGCGUCUACAAGAAUCGACCGGGAUUGAUUGUUCCCUGGCUGAUCGUAGAGUUCCUCUUGAUGGUGGGCCUGGGAGCUCUGGUUUUCAUGUUGAGGGACACGAAAAUGGUGCAAUUGCUGGGUGGUCAAGUGCCCUACUUUAUCAUCUGCUAUGUUUUGAUCUGCAUGGAUUACUGCAAGUGGUAUGUGAUCCAUAGUUUCUACCAGAGCUUGCGUACCAUGAAUAAACUCAGGGAGAUUGCCACUGUGGCCAUUCCUUGUCCAGCUCCAGGAGCCAUACCCUAUCGUUUCCAACGCGAGCACAUGUACCUGGGCAGCAAUGGUUAUAAGCACAUCCUAACCGAAUCUCCCGAUGGGCAGUGUUAAAUCAGUGAGGAGAGAUCGGAUUUUGUUUUGGAACUUCCCCAUCAGGUGUCUUGAUUGCAAUUGUACUACAGUUUCUGUAUGGCAAAACCGAGUGUGAUAUGGUUAAAGAAGAGAUACUAUUUUAGAUAGCCAACGGUUAUGGUUAGAGGGGCAUAUUAAUACAUAAUCGUCUAUAUCCCAAAAGGAAAUAUCGGUUUGUCGGCAAAUACAUAAACUAUUUUUGUGUAGAACUAACUCUUAAAGUUACACCUAAAUACGAAUUAGGUACAAAAAAAGAAACGAAUUUUAAAACAAAAAGAAAAUUAGUCACAGGCUGGAAUCGAACUCGGGACUUCCAAGCGAAGGUCGCACAUUCUAACCACUGGGCUACGCAAAGCUUGUCUGAUUUCAAUUGGCAUUCAAAUAAAUAGCAACGAAGUUUAAAGUUUCUUUUCUUUGUAGACUGUAAGAGAAAUUUACUAAAUAUGCCUUAAAUUCAGUUAAAUAGCAAUAUUUUAAGUAUUCUGGUUUUGUAGCACGGAACAAACAAACGUAUAAAUAUCAAAUAAAAGUGCAAAAUUGUAACAUA